AGCUAAGGGGAACCAAUUCGCAAAGGAUCACAGUGCUAAAGCCAUGGAUAAAACAAGAGCAGAUCUUCAUUCAAGAAUCAUAGUCACCAUUCAAUCAGUUGAUUCCAUUUCAAAGCGCAUCCAGAGACGAAGAGCUCCAGUCACAGAUCUUAAGAGGCUUUCAAUGGUUGACUGGCUUCACAACGGUGUGUUUGCUCUAAAGCUGCCACCAAGCUCGGUUUAAAACUAUAUGACUUGGUUCAUAAUCUCCAAGAACUAAACCAAAUGUAUGGCGUGAGAAUGUUUCACCUUUUAGUAAUGUUAUUCAGUACCUUUUGUAGUAUUCUCAAGCUUCAGUUCAUUCUAUAAUAAUAAUUCUGGUCGUUAGGAGCAGUAAAGCCUAAGACUUUACAAAUUACAAAAUGCUGCUGGACUUAGAAAAUUAAAAAAAAAACGAACUGGCAAAAAACUCUUAGAAGGGAUCACCACGCGCCUCACUCGAAGAAGGAUGAUGUUUAGUUGUGUCUGGAAAUGCUUACGAAACACGCAGCUGAGUUUACUACACUUGUUCCCGAAGCAAGCUACAACUCUGGGGACUACCCACCUCCUCCUCCUAACUUUCUCACCUUCUUCAAUUAUUUUUAUUCAUUUAUUAUCGAUUUAUUUUCUUUUCUUUUGAUUUUUAAAAUAGAAAAGAAUAAAUUAUCUCUCUCUAUUCGUGGUCACUGAACUAAAGUCUCAUCACCGAUGCUCUUAACCCUCUAAGAGAGAUUGCACAUGGGAAGCAGCUUUAGCUAAUCCUGUCCUUGAAACCAUCCACGGAAGGUGUGUUUUUGAGUUUUGGUUGUGGACAUCAUGGGAAAGCCUGCAAGGUGGUUAAAAAGUGUACUACUUGGAAAGAAAUCAUCUAAAUCUAGUGGUUCGAAAGACAAAGAGAGAGUUGUGAAUGGAAAAGAGGUAGUGGUUGUUUCCAAGAUUGAAGAAUCCGAUGUGGUUUCGGAUCUUCCAUUCUUUGGUAAUGCAACAGUUUCCACCAGCGCUGUGGUAGAGGAGACACAGAAUAUAGAACGUGAAUUGGUUUCAGACGACGAGAUACAACUUCCUGAGGUCCAAGUCCAGCCAACAGAAUCUCCAAAUGCUGCUUCUGUUGUUAUUCCUGAUGAUUUGCUAUCAGAUUCAGACAAAAUUCAGCAAGAGAUUGCAGCAACAACUCUGCAGGCUGCCUUUAGAGGCUACUUGGCUCGACGUGCCUUCUGGGCAUUAAAAGGUAUAAUAAGGCUACAGGCACUUAUCCGCGGACACAUGGUUAGGAGGCAAGCUGUUGCCACUCUGUGCUGUGUUAUGGGAAUUGUCAGAUUGCAAGCACUUGCUCGUGGAAAAGAGAUCAGACGUUCUGACAUUGGUGUUGAAGUUCACAGGAGAUGCUUGGAGAAUAAACUCCCUGAAGACUCUGUUGUUGAAACACAUACUUACCUUGGAAUCAAGAAGCUAACUGCAAAUGCUUUUGCUCAGAAGCUUCUAGCUUCAUCUCCAAACGUGAUGCCUGUGCACUUAGACAAUGAUUCUUCUUCCAACUCUAUCUGGUUAGAGAACUGGUCAGCCUCUUGCUUCUGGAAACCAGUUCCUCAACCGAAGAAAACAUCAGUCAGGAAAACUCAGAAGAAGUUCGAAGGGGACUUUGCUAAACAAAAGAAGAGUGUUCGCAAAGUCCCUGCUCCCAAUCUCGACAGUCCCUCCGCUGCUGCACAGACAUCAUUUGAGUUUGAGAAACCAAAACGCAGCAGCUUCCGCAAAUUUUCAACAAGCCAAUCUGUGGAGCUACCACCACUAGAAGAGCCUCCUCAAGUUGAUCUAGAGAAGGUGAAACGUGGCUUGAGGAAAGUGCAUAACCCUGUAGUUGAGAACUCUAUCCAACCUCAACCAUCUCCAGAGAAGGAGAUUGAGAAGCCAACUCUGGCUUUGAAAGAACCUGUGACUGUGAGUGCCUUUGAUGAAGAGGAAAAGGAGACUGUGGUGGAGAUAAUACACACUCAUGGACCAUUGGAAACCAAUGAAGCACCACCUGAUUCUCCAUUGGUGAACCAAAUCGAAGAGAGCCAAGAGAAUGUGAUGGUUGAGGAGAAGGAGGAUGUGAAAGAAGAGAGAACUCCUAAACAAAAGAACUCAGCUGGGAAGGAGAAUAAAAAAUCAGUGAAGAAGGAUUCUCCGGUUACUGCUACUACUACUACUACUCAAGCUGCUGAGUGUCAAGAGAGUAGUGCCCCGGGACUACCAAGCUAUAUGCAAGCGACUAAAUCCGCAAAAGCAAAGCUGAGGCUGCAACAAGGCUCUUCUUCCCCUAAGCAACAAGGGGCUGAGAAAGCCACUAGACGUUACUCACUACCGUCUUCAGGUAACAAUGCAAGGGUCACUUCUGAUUCUCCUAAGACAACAAGAGUCUCAAACUCUGGUGGCAAAACCGGGAAGAAGACCGAGAAACCUUUGGCCAGAGAAGGCAACGGGAAGACAACUCAGGUAGAGUGGAAGAGAUGAGCGAUCAUCUGGUAUAAAAAGAGGUCUCUAAUGUUUUCCCACUCUACAGAUAUGUUACCAUCUAUCUAUAUAGUUAGAGUAUGUAAUUUGUGUUUGUGUUUGUGUUGAGAAUGUACAUCAUCGGUUUGUUUUUUUUGUGUGUGGCAAGUUCAUUUUCUGUUUUCAUGCUACAUUCCUUCUAUUGUUACCUUGAAAAUCAACUUUGGAUGUUUAUGAUAUAUGUAUUCUCAACUCUUAAAAUGAAUAAUAUAUCUAUGAAUUUAAA